AUGGAAACUAUUUCAGAAAUUCAACAACCUAAAAUUCGAAGCCAAAAGCCUCCAAAAAGCGGCAAAUCAAAGAAAAAUCAAAACAAAUCAGCCUUAGAAAGCUCCCAAGCCAAAAAGAAAUCAACGAAAGCUGACUUCCAAACAAAAUUCAAGAGCGAAAUUUGUAAAAAUUGGGAAAAUGGGUAUUGCGAGUUUGGAAGCGAAUGUGCGUUCGCUCAUGGUGAAUCUGAGUUAAGGGAUAAGCCUCAGGCAAAAAACUAUAAAACUCAGAGAUGUAAACAAUUCCAUGAGCUAGGAUAUUGCAUAUAUGGAUCAAGGUGCCAAUUUAUUCAUAGAGAUCUAUCACCAGACACAGCUGAUAACUCACCUGUAGGAAGUAGAGUUUCAAGCAGGAAAGGAUCAUUUGAUGCAUCUAAAGAUUCCUCUAAAAAGAGGUUGCCGAUAUUUGUAGAUCUCGAAAGAAGAGGAAUUUAA